AUCGCGCUCUAGCUUUCCAUCCGGUGACUGUUAAUAUCCGCGAUGGCAAUCACCUCGACAGUUGUCCACAGCUACGUUGAGCCUCGUACCAUCGAACAACCGAACGGCUCUUUGCCUAACGCUUUAGGAGCCAACCCCAUCCCGACUUAUCCCGACCUCCUGGACGGGACCAACUGCCAGAACCCCGCAGUGCCUCACUUUCAACCCAAGUCCCAAGUAGAUGUCUUCAUAGUUGGAGCUGGUCCUGUUGGCCUUGCCACUGCCGCUUGUCUCGUCCGCCAGGGCGUGUCUUUGCGUAUCCUUGAUAGGUCUCCCCACCCCCUGACUGUCGGGCGCGCCGAUGCUCUGCAGCCGCGCACCAUGGAGGUCUUCCGUCAGCUCGGAAUCAGCGAAGAGGUGUUCGCGCUCGGCCCCCGCAUCGAGCACACCGUCGUCUACAAGGACGGGAAGAAGGAGAUAUUCGCCGAAAGCCAUCAAUCUCCCGGGAGCGAGAGCCACUUCCAGGGUCUGCACGACGCGACGCAGACCGAAGUGGAACAUGUGCUCAUUCGAGACCUCGUUCGUCACGACAUCCUCGUCGAGAGGCCCUGCACGGCAACGUCCUACCACUUUGACGAGAAUGCCGAUGCGUCGGUUACGCACCCGAUCACCGUGAAUAUCAUGAACCAUGCCACAGGGGAGGAAGAGGUCGUGGCGGCCCGCUUCCUCGUCGGGAGUGACGGCGCGCACAGCAUGAUCCGCAAGUCGCUUCCUGUCACGUUCGACGGCAUCAAAACGGAUCUGCACUGGGGUAUCGUUGAUGCUGUCUUCGAGACAGAUUUCCCUCACCGCUGGACGUUCGGGACUGUGCUCAACUCGGAACACGGCGGGUGCCUUAUUAUUCCUCGUGAGCGCGACAUGGUCAGGCUCUAUGCACAGCUGCGCCCUGAGCCUGGACAGGAAUUUGAUCAAUCAAAGUGGGGCCCCGAGGAGGUCCUCGAGCAGCUCAACAAGAUCUACGCUCCGUACUACCUCAAAUAUGCCAGUCCGAUAGACUGGUUCACCAUUCUAACCAUCAACGAGCGUGUCGCGAAUUCCUUCACCUACAAAGACCGCAUCUUCCUCGCCGGUGAUUCCUGCCACGUCCACAGCGCCAAAGGCGCGUUCGGCAUGAACACCGGAAUCAUGGACGCCCACAACCUCGCCUGGAAGCUCGCCCUGCUCUGCAAAGGAAUAGCCAAGCCCGGCCUCCUCGACACGUACGACCUCGAGCGCCGCGAAAACGCGCUGCGCGCGGUGCGCACGUCCGCGCGCUACCUCCGCUUCGUCGGCAACUGCACCUUCCAAAACCUCGACGGCUCCAAGACCGACGCCGAGCCCGAGAUCGAGGCCCCCGCCGCGCCAGGCGAGGACCCGCACGUCGCGUUCUUCAAGCGCUUCGCCGACGAAAACGCGCGCUUCCUCAUCGGGCUCGACGUCGACUACGCCGCGAACGCGGUCAACCGCGCCGCGGACCCCGCCGUGUCUGGCGUGCGUGCAGGCUACCGCGCGCCCGACCCGCGCGUCGCGCUGUCGCGCGCGCGCUCCGGGCGGCUGUACGACGCGUUCGGGCGGCUCGACCAGUUCACGCUCGUCGUGUUCGCGAGCAACCUCGGGGGCGCGCUCGCGCCGCGGCUGCGCGCGCUAGACGCGUACCUCGCGUCGCCCAAGUCGUUCUACCGCGCCGCGGCGUCCGGGGACCUGUUCAAGCUCGUCGUCGUCGCGCGCGCGACGCCGACCGAGGCGGACGCGCGGAUCGCAGGGUUCCCGUUCCUCGCCGCGCACGCGCAGCUCGUGUACGACGACCAGCUGCCGCCCGGUAUCUUCGGCGGGGACGCGCACUCGAUCUACGGGGUGGAUCACGCGCGGGGCGCCGUGGUCGUCGUGCGCCCUGACACGUGGGUGGGGACGGCUGUCACUGUGGACGGGGUGUCGAGCCUGGAAGCCUACUUUUCGUCCUUCCUCUCCAUCUGAGGUGCUGUCCUGGGUUCCUGUUCCUGCGGUUAUUGGGAUUUCUGUCUAUAGGUGUUGGUCCUGGUUAUGUGUUGUAACAGCGUGCAGAUCUACUCAAUCAAACCUUGUUUAUUGAGUC